AUGUCGCAUAUAACGGCUGUAUCACCUAUAUACACAUACGGAUAUGAACUGAGGAAAGAUGAGCGGGACCAGGACAACGUUGAGACUUUAGACCAGGACAACGUUGAGAAUUUAGACCAGGACAACGUUGAGAAUUUAGACCAGGACAACGUUGAGAAUUUAGACCAGGACAACGUUGAGAAUUUAGACCAGGACAAUGUUGAGAAUUUAGACCAGGACAAUGUUGAGAAUUUAGACCAGGACAACGUUGAGAAUUUAGACCAGAACAACGUUGAGAAUUUAGACCAGAACAACGUUGAGAAUUUAGACCAGAACAACGUUGAGAAUUUAGACCAGGACAACGUUGAGAAUUUAGACCAGGACAACGUUGAGAAUUUAGACCAGGACAACGUUGAGAAUUUAGACCAGGACAAUGUUGAUAAUUUAGACCAGGACAACGUUGAGAAUUUAGACCAGGACAACGUUGAGAAUUUAGACCAGGACAACGUUGAGAAUUUAGACCAGGACAACGUUGAGAAUUUAGACCAGGACAACGUUGAGAAUUUAGACCAGGACAACGUUGAGACUUUAGACCAGGACAACGUUGAGACUUUAGACCAGGACAACGUUGAGACUUUAGACCAGGACAACGUUGAGAAUUUAGACCAGGACAACGUUGAGAAUUUAGACCAGGACAACGUUGAGAAUUUAGACCAGGACAACGUUGAGACUUUAGACCAGGACAACGUUGAGACUUUAGACCAGGACAACGUUGAGAAUUUAGACCAGGACAACGUUGAGAAUUAA